AUGUUGGUACACAUACAGAUAUUCAACAAGCACAAGCCAUGGAUCGAGACCUCAUAUCACGGAGUCAUAACUGAGAACAACGACACAGUGAUUUUGGACCCACCACUUGUAGCCCUGGAUAAAGAUGCACCAGUUCCUUUUGCAGGGGAAAUUUGCGCGUUCAAGAUCCACGGCCAGGAGCUGCCCUUUGAGGCCGUGGUGCUCAACAAGACGUCGGGAGAGGGCCGGCUGCGCGCCAAGAGUCCCAUUGACUGUGAGCUGCAGAAAGAGUACACGUUCAUCAUCCAGGCCUACGACUGUGGCGCAGGGCCCCGGGAGACGGCCUGGAAGAAGUCGCACAAGGCCGUGGUCCAUAUCCAGGUGAAGGACGUCAAUGAGUUUGCUCCCACCUUCAAAGAGCCAGCCUACAAGGCGGUGGUGACAGAGGGCAAGAUCUAUGACAGCAUCCUACAGGUGGAGGCCGUGGACGAGGACUGCUCCCCUCAGUACAGCCAGAUUUGCAACUAUGAGAUCGUCACAACUGACGUGCCUUUUGCCAUUGACAGAAAUGGCAACAUCAGAAAUACUGAGAAGCUGAGCUAUGACAAGCAACGCCAGUACGAGAUCCUGGUGACCGCCUACGACUGUGGACAGAAGCCCGCCGCUCAGGACACGCUGGUGCAGGUGGACGUGAAGCCAGUUUGCAAGCCUGGCUGGCAAGACUGGACCAAGAGGAUUGAGUAUCAGCCUGGCUCGGGGAGCGUGCCGCUUUUCCCCAGCAUCCACCUGGAGACGUGCGACGGGGCCGUGUCCUCCAUCCAGAUCACCACGGAGCUACAGACCAAUUACAUUGGCAAGGGCUGCGACCGGGAGACCUACUCUGAGAGAUCCCUUCAGAAAUUGUGUGGAGCCUCCUCUGGCAUCAUCGACCUCUUGCCAUCCCCCAGCGCGGCCACCAACUGGACAGCAGGACUGCUGGUGGACAGCAGUGAGAUGAUCUUCAAGUUCGAUGGCAGGCAAGGGGCCAAGAUCCCUGAUGGCAUAGUGCCCAAGAACCUGACAGACCAGUUCACCAUCACCAUGUGGAUGAAACAUGGCCCCAGCCCCGGUGUGAGAGCCGAGAAGGAAACCAUUCUCUGCAACUCGGAUAAGACUGAAAUGAACCGGCAUCACUAUGCCCUGUAUGUGCACAACUGCCGCCUGGUCUUCCUCUUGCGCAAGGACUUCGACCAGGCCGACACCUUCCGCCCCGCAGAGUUCCACUGGAAGCUGGACCAGAUAUGUGACAAAGAAUGGCAUUACUAUGUCAUCAACGUGGAGUUUCCUGUGGUUACUUUGUACAUGGAUGGAGCAACGUACGAACCCUAUCUGGUGACCAACGACUGGCCCAUUCAUCCAUCUCACAUAGCAAUGCAACUUACGGUCGGCGCUUGCUGGCAAGGAGGAGAAGUCACCAAACCGCGGUUUGCUCAAUUCUUCCACGGCAGCCUGGCCAGUCUCACCAUCCGCCCUGGCAAAAUGGAGAGUCAGAAGGUCAUUUCCUGCCUGCAGGCCUGCAAGGAAGGGCUGGAUAUUAAUUCCCUGGAAAGUCUCGGCCAAGGAAUAAAGUACCACUUCAACCCCUCGCAGUCUGUCCUGGUGAUGGAAGGUGACGAUAUUGGGAACAUCAAUCGUGCCCUCCAGAAGGUCUCCUACAUCAACUCCAGGCAGUUCCCGACGGCAGGUGUGCGGCGCCUGAGAGUCUCUUCCAAAGUCCAGUGCUUUGGAGAAGAUGUGUGCAUCAGCGUCCCCGACGUGGAUGCCUAUGUGAUGGUGCUGCAGGCCAUCGAGCCCCAGAUCAGCCUCCGUGGCACGGACCGCCUCUGGAGACCCGCCGCCCAGUUUGAAAGUGCCAGAGGGGUGACCCUCUUCCCCGACAUCAAGAUCGUGAGCACCUUCGCCAAAGCGGAGACCCCGGGUGAGCCGAAGGCCACAGCCCCCAAAUCAGCAGUCUUAGAAGAAAUGCUCCAUAACCUAGAUUUCUGUGACAUUUUGGUACUUGGAGGGGACCUGGACCCAAGACAGGAAUGCUUAGAGCUCAACCACAGUGAGCUCCAUCAGCGACACCUGGAUGCCACUAACUCCACCGCAGGUUACUCCAUCUAUGGUGUGGGCUCCAUGAGCCGCUAUGAGCAGGUGCUGCAUCACAUCCGCUACCGCAACUGGCAUCCAGCUUCCCUGGAGUCCCGACGGUUUAGAAUCAAGUGCUCAGAACUCAAUGGACGUUAUACUAGCAAUGAGUUCAACCUCGAGGUCAGCAUCCUCCAUGAGGUCAGAAUGUCAGACAAGGAGCACGUCAGCCACCUUAUUGUGCAGCCUCCCUUCCUACAGUCUGUCCACCACCCCGAGUCCCGGAGUAGCAUCCAGCGCAGUUCAGUGGUCCCAAGCAUCGCCACAGUGGUCAUCAUCAUCUCCGUGUGCAUGCUGGUGUUUGUCGUGGCCAUGGGCGUGUACCGGGUCCGGAUCGCCCACCAGCACUUCACCCAGGAGACUGAGGCUGCCAAGGAGGCGGAGAUGGAUUGGGACGACUCUGCGCUCACUAUCACAGUCAACCCCAUGGAGAAACAUGAAGAACCAGGGCAUGGAGAAGAAGAGACUGAGGAGGAAGAGGAGGAAGAAGUAGAGGAAGACGUGAGCUCCAGCAGCAGUGACUCAGAGGACAGCGAAGAGGAAGAGGAGGAGGAAGGGAUGGGCAGGGGCGGACAUGGGCAGAGUGGAGCCAGGCAAGCCCAGCUCGAGUGGGACGACUCCGCCCUUCCCUACUAG